CUCCCGUUUACUGAAGCCUCGGCGGUCCAGCAGCGGAGCAACAUGACAGCCGAGCAGCUCCAGCAGCAGGAGGACCAGCGGCAGGUGAGGCGGACUCAGGCCGGUCAGGGAGCGUCUCUCCCCGACUUUUUCGGCUCGCCGUGAGCAUGUUACCCCUCCGACCUCCUCCUGGCCCCCGCCACAUCGACUGUCACCCGCCUGUAACAAGAUGUACUUCAACCGGAGAGGCAAGAAGAUCCACAGCGAGGGAGAGCAGUUAGUGUUGACCGCCAUUAGGCAGGAGGCUUCUGAACUGCAGGACCCAGGCCAGGGCGCCAGCGCUACCAUGCGUGCUCGCCUCGCAGACAGGUUCGACAAAACCUCACCUCUCUCCCAUCAAUCCAACGGCGCAGGACCCUCCGGCUCGUCCGCCGGCUACCGAAAGGCGGACGACGAGAUGUCCGGGACCACUUCCCAGGCGGACCCGGUGGACGCUACGGCGCGAACGGUGGUCCUCAACCGGCCCCAAAACACCAAGUUCUGCGACAACCACGUGAGUACCACCAAGUAUGGGAUUUUCACCUUCCUGCCCCGAUUCCUGUAUGAGCAGAUCAGAAGGGCGGCUAACGCCUUCUUCCUGUUUAUCGCACUUAUGCAGCAAAUCCCUGAUGUAUCACCGACCGGACGCUACACCACUCUGGUGCCGCUCAUUUUCAUCCUCACUGUGGCGGGAAUUAAAGAAAUCAUAGAGGACUAUAAAAGACACAAAGCGGACAACACAGUGAACAAGAAGAAGACGACAGUGCUGCGGAACGGAGCUUGGCAGACGAUCAUCUGGAAGCAGGUGGCAGUAGGAGACCUAGUGAAGGUGACCAAUGGCCAGCAUCUUCCAGCUGACAUGGUUAUUUUGUCCUCCAGUGAGCCACAGGCCAUGUGCUACAUCGAGACGUCUAACCUGGAUGGAGAAACCAACCUUAAGAUCAGACAGGGUCUUUCCCUGACAGCUGGUUUUCAGACCCUGGAGGAUCUGAUGGCGCUGUCGGGUCAUUUGGAGUGCGAAGGCCCCAACAGACACCUGUACGACUUCACUGGCACCCUGCGCCUGCAGAACCAGAAUCCAGCUCCUCUGGGUCCAGACCAAGUGUUGCUCCGUGGAGCCCAACUCAGGAACACCCAGUGGGUCGUGGGAAUCGUUGUCUAUACGGGCCACGACUCCAAAUUAAUGCAGAACUCCACCAAGGUGCCGUUGAAACGCUCCAACGUGGAACGGGUGACCAACAUGCAGAUCCUGGUCCUGUUCGGCAUCCUGCUGGUCAUGGCGCUCAUCAGCUCAGUGGGCGCCGCCAUCUGGAAUAAGAAGCACACGAAUGAAGCCUGCUGGUACCUGUCGCGGGCCGGUGACAUCUCCCUUAACUUUGCAUAUAACCUGCUGACGUUCAUCAUCCUCUACAACAACCUGAUCCCCAUCAGCCUGCUAGUUACUCUGGAGGUGGUGAAGUUCACACAGGCCCUCUUUAUUAACUGGGAUGUUGAGAUGUACUACUCAGAGACGGACACGCCGGCCAUGGCCCGAACAUCCAAUCUGAAUGAAGAACUGGGUCAGGUGAAAUACCUCUUUUCUGACAAAACAGGAACUCUCACCUGUAACGUCAUGCAUUUUAAGAAGUGCACCAUAGCAGGAAUCACGUACGGCCACUUCCCCGAUCUUGACUGUGAUCGCUCAAUGGAGGACUUCAGCAACUUGCCGUCCAGCAGCAAUAGCUCGGCAGAGUUUGAUGACCCGAGUCUCAUUCAAAACAUCGAAAAGAAUCAUCCGACAUCACCUCAGAUCUGCGAGUUCCUGACCAUGAUGGCAGUGUGCCACACUGUUGUACCAGAGAGAGAGGACAACCAGAUCAUUUACCAGGCCUCCUCUCCGGACGAAGGAGCUCUGGUCAAAGCUGCCAAAGGACUGGGCUUCGUCUUCACAGCCAGGACCCCUCAUUCCGUCAUCAUCGAUGCUAGAGGAAAUGAGAUGACCUUUGAGCUACUGAACGUUCUGGAGUUCUCCAGUAAUCGCAAGCGCAUGUCUGUGGUGGUGAGAACGCCCACUGGGAAGCUGCGGCUUUACUGCAAAGGAGCGGAUAAUGUCAUCUUCGAACGGCUAACGGAAGCGUCUCAGUACAAAGAUCUCACCAUCGCUCAUUUGGAGCAGUUUGCAACUGAAGGUCUAAGGACGCUCUGUUUUGCAUACGUGGACCUGGAAGAAGGCGCAUAUCAGGAGUGGUUGAAAGAAUACAACCGCGUCAGCACCGAACUCAAAGACCGCGCUCAGAAACUGGAGGAAUGCUAUGAACUACUGGAAAAGAACUUAAUGCUGCUUGGAGCCACAGCCAUAGAGGACCGUCUGCAGGCCGGCGUCCCAGACACAAUCGCCACGUUGAUGAGGGCCGGCAUCAAGAUCUGGGUACUUACUGGAGACAAACAAGAGACCGCCAUUAAUAUAGGUUACUCCUGUCGCCUGGUGACACACGGCAUGUCCCUCAUCAUUGUCAACGAGGACUCUCUCGAUGUGAGUAAACCCUCCUCCUCUUCUUCUUCCUGGCGGCCUCCUGCGCUUGCAUCACUUUGUUUAUCACUUGGGGACUUUGGUGUGUUCCCAUGGGAGGAAGUUAUGUGGUGGGGUGUUUCUUAACCAGGUUACUGUGAG